GCGGCCGCCGCCGGCGGGGGAGGGGAGCGGCAGCGGCAGCAGCAUGGCCGAGGCGGCGGCGGUGGAGGAGGAGGCGGCGGCGGAGGCGCCGCCGUCGCCGCGGGUGGGCGCGUGGCUGCCGGUGCUGGUGGAGCAGAUGGUGAACGACACGCUGGUGGUCACGCUGAGCUGCGGGGAGCGCCGCUUCACCGGCGUCCUGCUCGACUGCACCAAGAAGUCCGGAUUGUUUUGUCUCCCAUCCUCCUUUCCCAAGCAUGAGGACCCUCCCACUGACGCUUGCGCUAACGGAGUUGCUGAUGGCGGAGAUGCCGUGCAGGGCGAGACAGAGCUGCAGUCUGCUGGUGAAAAGCCUCCCAAAGGAAACGGUGAUGAGCAAGUACCCCCCCUCCUGCCUCCCCCACCGCCUGGCAGCCUUCCUCCUUACCCCCCCUACUUCGAGGGCGCUCCCUUUCCCCGUCCGCUAUGGCUACGGCACACGUACAACCAGUGGGUUCCUCAGCCACCGCCACGGACUAUAAAGAGGACGAGGAGGCGUUUAUCACGGAAUAGAGACCCGGGAAGGCUUAUCAUGAGCACUAUCAGGCUACGGCCAAGACAGGUGCUCUGUGAGAAGUGUAAAAACACUCUGAACCCCGAGGAUGCAAACACAGCUAGGCAGAAUGCUAAAACCAGGAGGAAGCUGAGCAUUCAGGACAAAGAGCAGAAAAAGCACAGUGAGUCCGACUACAUGGAGAAAAGGAACAAAAGAGAAAAGAGAGAGGAUGACAAGUUUUCUGGGGAGCUAGUACAUCGAACGCCAGUUAUAAAAAUAUCCUACAGUACUCCGCAAGGGAAAGGCGAAGUUGUAAAAAUCCCUUCCCGGGUUCACGGCUCAGUCAAACCGUUUUGUCCAGAGCGAAUAUUGCAGAACGGAGGAGAGGACCAAGAGGAGACCAGAGACUCUGAACGGUGUCGAGAAACCAAAUGUUUAAUGGACAAGUCAGCAGGCAGCCAGCUUGCUUCCAUUCCAAAACUGAAGCUUACGCGGCCGGUGCAUUCCAGUGCGGAUGUCCCACCCCCAAAGAUACGGCUGAAGCCCCAUCGCAUAAAUGAUGGUCAGAGUGUUUCAAUUUAUAAGGCAGAACUUAUUGACGAAAUAAAUGUCCUUCAGAGCAGCAGGGAGUCCAAUCCUGGCGCAUUUUACAAUGAUGAAGCCACAGACAGAAGUUUAGCUGAGAUAUCUUCAGGGAGUUCAGGUGAAGAUGAUGACUUUAAAAGAUUUCCCCAGGGUAAAGAUGGGCAUGAAAACCUGGCUUUCCUUAUGAAUUAUCGUAAAAGAAAAGCCGAUUCUUCUAGUUUAUCGGUGUGUAGUAAUGACAGUCUAGACGAAUCCAAGUCUUCUAGUUCAGAAGUAACAUCACCAGAAAUGUGUGACUUUUUGCCUGGUGAUGAUGCAUCCGUCUCUUCAUCUUCAAAAGAUGAGCGUAAAAUUGUGCCACCACUAACAGUUAGACUGCAUACCCAAAGUGUGUCUAAAUGUGUCACAGAAGAUGGAAGAACUGUUUCAGUGGGGGAUAUUGUUUGGGGUAAAAUUCAUGGUUUUCCAUGGUGGCCAGCACGUGUUCUUGACAUAAACCUUAGUCAGAAGGAAAACGGAGAACCUUCGUGGCGAGAAGCUAAAGUAUCAUGGUUUGGUUCUCCAACGACUUCAUUCUUAUCUGUUUCAAAACUCUCUCCUUUCUCUGAAUUUUUCAAACUGAGAUUUAAUCGCAAGAAGAAAGGGAUGUAUCGGAAAGCUAUCACAGAAGCUGCAAAGGCAGUAGAGCAUCUGACUCCAGAAAUAAGAGAUCUCUUAACACAGUUUGAGACAUAACUUUGCCUCCAGUAUCAGGAUGAUAAAGAAGAAAACGGACACCGUCUGAGUCAAGCCACUUCUCACACAAGCCUUGGCAUGCAUCAACCCAAAGUCUCUUAUUCGGCUAAAGGAGCUGAGGUGCUUUAUGGCUUGAGGUGAAGAGAGGGAGAGAGAUGUUUCCUUACACAAACAUUUGACAUUUUAAUAAUGAAUUGACCAGUGCAGAAGUUAGCCUCCAACAGAAACCCUUGUCCUUCCUCUGUAGUACAACUAACGUGAAACAAAUGGAGCACAAUCUGAGUCUGCUUGCAGCACUUGUGCUUAAACCAUGAAAAGUUGAUUAUCAUCUCCAAAGAGUAGGCGGUUUACUAGGCAUUUGUUUGUAAACAAAGUGAACUAGCACAAUUGAGUUAAUACAGUAUUCAGUAGAGAUAUACAUCACAUAUAGAAAAGGAAAUAAUGUUUAAAAAUAUGAUAGUUAUUUAUGGCUAACAUUUAAAAACAUAGAUUGUGUUUGACGUGAAAUUCAGUGAUGAGUCAACUACGUUAAAUGCUUCCUUAAAGCAGUAGUCAAGAACACGUUAUCUACCAAGGUCUGUGCUUCUACUUUGGACUUGACCCUGGAAAUCUGGAAGUCUUUGCCAGGAUGUUUCCAAGGGGAGGAGUUACACUCUCUUUAGUUCUUUGAGUCAAUAAAGGAUAAUUUCAUAAAGUUUA